GUGCAGAAGCUGUCUGCUGAACAGAUCGACCAGAUUCUGGCAAUGACAGAGCCCGGUCAGUUGGACUUAGUCUUGAGGUUCAACUUUCUGAAAGCCUUCAUAGUCCACAAGGACAUGAACGAUGUUGAAGUUGAAGCUUUCUACAUCGACAAGACAAACCCCGAGAUGCGAAUUUACACGGUGUUUCGCGACAUGAAGGACAGCAGUGCCCACAAGAAGGAGAUCGGCAGCAAGAUUUCCGCAGUAUCCAAGGUGCCAGCCAACAAGGCUGCUCGUGCUUCCUUUGCUGAGGCUCUGGAGGGCAAGCUAAAUGCAUUCGGCAGCAGCGACAGUCUUGGGGAAGCCAUGGAGAAGGGUAUGGGCAAGGGAGGCAAAGGAAAAAGCUCCUUUGCCAAAGGCAAAGGAAAAGGCAAAACAAAGACCAAGGCGGAUAUCAAGCAUAUGGGCGAGGUCAACAAAGUGUGCUACCAGAUCCUGAAUGAGUGCAACACCAUGCUGUUCUCGUCCGAGACGCUGUCCCAAGCCAGAGACUACCUUGACAGUCAUGCCCAGCUGUUGAAGGAAUAUGCGACUGAUGUGAACCAUGCCGAUGGUGUGUUCGUGACUCACGAACGACGCAAAGCUGCCGAGAAACGGAAGAUGGAAAAAGAACAAGAGAAAGAGUUGAAGAAACAGAAGACCGAGGCCACCAUUACUACUCAGCCCGAAGCAGAGGACUGGCCAGAAGAAGAAGAGGAGGCUCAGGCAGAUGAGGAUGGUGAAGAGUGGGCCGAGGAUGAAGAGAAUGAUGAAGGGAAUGAGGGUUGGAAUGUCGAGCCCCCUCAAAAGCGGGCCCGGGCCUGA